UGCUUUACUUAAACUAAGGACUUCCACUUUGUCAAGCACUUAUUUUUCCGCCUUUAGACGUUGUUUCCUUCUGAGAAAGAAAUCUGGGAUUUGGAUGCAUAUCAAGAUGCUCUGAAGAACAGUGACAGCCCUUCGGGGGAUAGCUGCUUCAACAUCAUGACCAAGGACAAAGAACCCAUUGUCAGGAGCUUUCAUUUUGUUUGCAUGAUAACCUUAAUAUUUGGAACCAUAAUCCAGUUCUCUGCUGAAAGUGAAUUUGCAGUAAAUGAGUCAAACAAAGGCCUUACUCAUGUUCCAAAAGGCCUGCCACCCAAAACCAUAGUCUUAGAUAUGUCUCAAAACUACAUAUCUGAGCUUCACCUCUCUGACAUCAGCUUUCUUUCGGGACUCAGAGUUUUGAAGCUUUCCCAUAAUAGACUCCAGUACCUUGAUAUUAGUAUUUUCAAGUUCAACCAGGAUUUGGAAUACUUGGAUUUAUCGCACAAUCAGUUGCAGAAGAUAUCCUGCCAUGCUGUCACCAGUCUCAAGCAUUUAGACCUCUCAUUCAAUGACUUCGAUGCCCUGCCCAUCUGUGAGGAAUUUGGCAACUUGACUCAACUGAAUUUCUUGGGAUUAAGUGCUAAACAUUUACAACAAUUAGAUCUGCUACCGGUUGCUCACUUGCAUCUAAGUGGCAUCCUUCUGGAGUUGGAAGGUUAUUAUGUGAAAGAACAUGAGACAGAAAGUCUUCAAAUUCUGAAUACAAAAUCACUUCACCUCGUUUUUCACCCAAAUAAUUUCUUCUCUGUCCAAGCAAACAUAUCAGUUAAUAAUGUAGGGUGUUUACAACUGAGUAAUAUUAGACUGAAGGAUGAGAACUGUCACAUUUUAAUUACAUUUUUAUCAGAACUAACUAGAGGUCCAAACUUAGUAAAUAUUACCCUCAACCAUGUGGAAACAACUUGGAAAUGUUUGGUUAGAGUUUUUCAAUUCCUUUGGCCCAAACCUGUAGAAUAUCUCAGUAUUUACAAUGCAACAAUAGUUGAAAAGAUUGAUAAAGAAGAUUUUACGUAUUCUGAAACAUCAUUGAAAGCGUUGAAAAUUGAACAUAUUACAAACAAAGUUUUUCUUUUUUCACAGACAGUAUUAUACACUGUGCUUUCUGAGAUGAACAUUAUGAUGUUAACCAUAUCAGACACACCUUUUAUACACAUGCUUUGUCCUCAAGCACCAAGCACAUUUAAGUUUUUAAACUUUACCCAGAAUGUUUUGACUGAUAGUAUUUUCCAAGAAUGCUCCACUUUAGUUAGAUUGGAGACAUUGAUCUUACAAAAGAAUGAAUUAAAAGACCUUUUCAAAGUAGGUCUCAUGACUAAGGAUAUGCCAUCUUUGGAAAUGCUGGAUGUGAGCUGGAAUUCUUUGGAAUAUGAUGGACGCAACAGAAAUUGCACUUGGGCUGAGAGAAUAGAGGUGUUAAAUUUGUCUUCAAAUAUACUCACUGACUCUGUUUUCAGAUGUUUACCUCCCAGGCUCAGGGUUCUUGAUCUUCACAGUAAUAGAAUAACAAGUAUCCCUGAAAAUGUCAUCCGUCUGGAAGCUUUGCAAGAACUCAAUGUUGCUUCCAAUUCUUUAGCCCACCUUCCUGGAUGUGAUUCCUUCAGCAGCCUCUCUGUGCUGAUCAUUGACUAUAAUUCAAUUUCCAACCCAUCAGCUCAUUUCUUCCAGAGCUGCCAGAAGAUUAGGUCCAUAAACGCAGGAAACAAUCCAUUCCAAUGUACAUGUGAGCUCAGAGAAUUUAUCCGAAGUAUAGGCCAAGUUUCCAGUGAAGUGGUAGAGGGUUGGCCUGACUCUUAUAAGUGUGACUAUCCAGAAAGCUAUAAGGGAACCCUACUAAAGGACUUUCAUGUGUCUCCAUUAUCCUGCAACACAGCUCUGCUGAUUGUCACCAUUGGGGUCACUGGGCUGGUGUUGGCUGUCGCCGUGACUGUCCUCUGUGUCUAUUUCGAUCUGCCCUGGUAUCUCAGGAUGGUGUGUCAGUGGACCCAGACCCGACACAGGGCCAGGAACACACCUUUACACAAACUCCAAAGAACUCUUCAGUUCCAUGCCUUUAUUUCGUACAGUGAACACGAUUCUGCCUGGGUGAAGAAUGAAUUACUACCAAACCUAGAAAAAGAAGAUAUACGGAUCUGUCUGCAUGAGAGAAACUUUGUUCCUGGCAAGAGCAUUGUGGAAAAUAUCAUAAACUGUAUUGAGAAAAGUUACAAGUCCAUCUUUGUUUUGUCUCCCAACUUUGUUCAGAGCGAGUGGUGCCAUUAUGAACUCUACUUUGCCCACCACAAUCUCUUUCAUGAAGGAUCUAAUAACUUAAUUCUGAUCUUGCUGGACCCCAUUCCACAGAACAGCAUUCCUAGCAAGUAUCACAAGCUGAAGGCCCUCAUGGCACAACGAACUUAUUUGGAAUGGCCGAAGGAGAAAAGCAAACAUGGACUUUUUUGGGCUAACAUCAGAGCUGCUUUUAAUGUGAAAUUAACACUAACCACUGAAAACAAUGACGUGAAAACUUAAAAAAAAA